AUGGCAGCAAUUCAAAUUAGCAGCGGCGCUGGCGUUGAGAAAGAAGAGAGAACGACGCCGAUAUGGGACGGCAACAAGGGCAGCAAACCUGACGAGCCCGAAUCCCCCAUCAGGGCGUCGGGCCAUGAUAUUGCGGCAGGCUUUAUCGCGUCUGGCAAAACAGACGCUGUGACUGCGCAUUCCGCUGCUGUCUCCAGCGGAUGUGGCGCGGAGGCGGCGGCGACCGCUCCGCCCCGACAACCUGCGCUGUCCGCCCAAUCGUUCGCGCCGGUUACCCCAGGCGCAGGCGAAAUUUCGACGAAGAGCCGCUCGCGCUUGACUGAUAGCGACUGCUCUUCUCGGCCCGCCAAUGCGACAAGCACCUUGGCUCCGCGCGAGGCCGACGCGGAAAAAGGUGAAACUUGCGCCAACGCGGAGGCGCUAGCGGAGAGGAGAAAGUCAGCGCUGAGGGCUGCGGAGGGGCGGAGAAGCUCCGGGGACGGCGGGGAGACGGAGGAGCGAAUGCGCGCGCAACUGGCGGACGCGCGGAAGAUGGUGCGCGCGCUGGUGGGGGAACUGGCGGCGAGAGACGUUGAAGGGGAUGAUGACGUGGCGUCGGGGGGCGAUGACGAGGAUGUGGAUGAUGAUGACGAGGAUGGGAGAGGCCAAGGGGACGAAUUCGAUCUGACCAAGCAUGCGCCUACUGAAGGUUCUCCCUCCCGCCGCUCAUUCAUCUUACGCCAUUUCCCCGCCCGCACCCACCGACCCCAGGCGCUGCGGCAGGAGCGGCGGGUGGUGCGGCUGAAGCAGCAGCUGGCGCGCGCGCGGGCGGAGCGGGAAUCCCUUGAGGCGGAGAUGCGCGCGGAAAGGGCGGAAUGGCACGCGAAGGAGGCGGAAAGCCGCAGGGGGGAGGCGGAAAGCCGCAGGGGGAAGGCGGGCGCGCGCACCAGCGGUACCGUAAUGGAUCCCCGGGGUGAAACUAAUACUACUGGGGAGGAGGCCGGAGCUAAAAGUGCUGCUGCCGAACCUGCACAGCAGGUUUGCGUCGAGGCCGGAGCUAGAAGCGAGGAGCAGAUUACAGCAAGCGAGCAGGCGAGCAGCGGUGACGGCUGCUGCUGCUGUGGGGGGAGUAAGGCGCUAGAGGAGCUACAGGCGCAGGCGAUGGUGGCGCAGGGGGAGGUGUUUCUGGUGCAGGCUCAGCUGGAGCGCGCGGAGGCGCAGCUGCUGCGCGUGCAGGAGGAGAGGCGGAAGGAGCGGGAGAGGCAUAGGGGUGCUCUGAAGCAGUUCGUGCGAUUUGCGAUGGAGGAUAGGGAGAGGGAGAAGGGGAGAGCUGAGGAGGAGAUGGGGAGAGAGAGGAGGGAGAUGGAGGGGAGGCGGAGGAAGGAGGUGGGGGGACUGGAGGAGGAGGUGGAGAGGUUGAGGAGAGAAGUGGAGAAGGGAAGGGAGAGGGAGAGAGAGAGGGUGCAGGAGGCGUGGGAGAGAGGGCGGAAGGAGGGGGCAGGUGAGGUGGAGUUUAUGAGUAAGGUGAUUGGGGAGCGGGAGAGGCGCGUGGGGGAGCUAAGGGCGCGAGUCAGGCAGCUUGAGGAAGAGAAGGGGGAGGUUGAGAGGGAGAGGAGCGAGUGGGACGCGGAGAGGAGGGAGUGGGAGGCAGAGAGGAGGAGGAUGGAGGGGGGGGUGAAGAGCGAGCAGGUGAGGAGGAGGGCAGUGGAAGCGGCGUUGAGAAGGGUAGAGCGGGAGGUGGUAGAGCUGAGGAAGGCGAAGGGUGCGGUUGAAGGGGAGAGGAGGGCUGUGGUGAGAGAGGUGCAGAGAGAGGUGGUGAGGGGGAGAGAGAGGGUGGAGGAAUUGGGGAGGGAGGUGGAGGGAUUGACAGGCGAGGUGGGGGAGUUGAAAGACGAUGUGGAGGGGUUGAAAGACGAUGCGGAGGGGUUGAAAGACGAUGCGGAGGGGUUGAAAGACGGGGACGCACGGCAGGCAACAGGGGCGGCGUGUUUUGAGGAGGCGGACUCUUCUCAUAAGGCUGCGUCUGUGUAUGUCUGCCGUGUCGCAUCGCUGCCGGACGCCAUGCCUGCUGCUGCCAUCCGCACGGGUGCCGCUGCUGCUGCUGCUGCCGCUGCUCAUGCUCGUGGCCAGGUGCGCCUGCACCAGGUAGCACCUGCCUGUAUGGAGGCGAGGCAGGUCAUUCCCUGGCCAGCAGCAGCCAAGGGUCGGAGGGAGGAGAUGGAGGGGCAGCAGUGGGUUGCUGCUCCUGCUGCCCUGGCGGGGAUGGUGCAGCAGUAG